AAGUGGCUUGUAUCGUUACUAGGCAGCGGGAAUGGCGUCCUCCGAGCUUGUCUUACUUUAAGUACAAAUUAGCUUAUUAAUUACGUUAUAGUUAGUUUACAGCUCCUCGUUUUUACAGCUCCUCGUUUUGUAUCACUAGGAUUGGAGUUUUUGUCGAACUGGAUUCCCCAAGCGACAUUCGUGAGAGGCUCCGACAGAAGCGUCGAACGCUGCAGGAAACACUGGUUAAAAACAGAAAUGACGAUGACGUCCAGGCAUUGGUCCCAUCUCCCAAGGUCAGGGGUGAGAAACAACACAAACAAAUGAAGGAACCCCAAACUGUUGAAGAAGAUCUUGGAGAAACUCUUAAAAGAACUUUAAGAGCUCAGAGAGAAAAAAGAAAAAAAAGGUUGAUAGAACAGUCUGCAGUUCAGGAGUCUGACGAUGUUGAGGAGUUCACAACAAUUGAGCAGCGCAGUAAAGAAGAAGAAGCAUCUGAACGCUCCAAAGACGCAAUUGUUUUGUCAAAACCUCCAACUGGCUCUCAAUCUGGUGUCUCAUCAAUAAGUCGGCGAAUAACCAGCUCUCAGGAAUUAGACACUGUGGUGACCCGACGCUUGGAGGAGAAACUGAAAGCGGCCCGGUCUAAAGGGGAAAGUCUUCAGGAGCAGGAGGCGUCUUUUGACAUUCCCAGUCGUCUGCAGAGUCUCAGAGACAGAGAAACUGUAACAAGGUUUGACAGAGGGGAUGAUGUGGACAGAGAUGGAAAAGCUGAGGCUCCUUUGCCCAUCAGUGGCAGAGUCAAGAUCAGAGAAGCAGCCACACAAGUAGUUAAAGGCCUUCCAACUGCAGAGGAGGCUUAUAACUUCUUCACAUUCAAUUUCGAGCCUGAUCCUCAAGACAUAAGUGAAAGGAUUCACAGGAAAAGUAAAAAGAAGCACAGCAGAGACAAAGAUGGAAGCGAUGAAGAUGAUGACCAGGACGGUGUUGUUGAUGAAGAGCGCCAUGGAGGGAGUGAAGAGCAUAAUGAAGAAGCCCCUCUCAUGCGUGAUGACGAUGAGGAUCUAUUUGCCAUUGAACGUUCUACCCGUGACUACUUAGAAGUGAGAAAAGCGCAUUAUGUUGGAUAUCAAAAACGUGUCCAACAAGAGAGUGAACUUCUCUUCAAGCCGAGUUAUCGAGCAGUCCCAGUUUCUGUCAAGUUGCCUGAAAAUAUGAAACCUCGAUACCUGGAGGAUGAGGGACUUUAUGUGGGCGAGAGGCCGGCUGUAUCUCUGACCAAUGAGUACAUUCUGGAGAAUCGCUUAUUGAAAAUGGAGGAGGGGAAGAAGUGGUUUGGCGAUGAUGGCAGGAUCAUGGCUCUUCCUGACCCCAUCAAAGAGUCAUCCACAAGACCCCCUCUUUUCCACAUGGUGGACGACCUUGAUCCUGCACUGCAAACCGUUUACAGAAAGGCUGUGCAGUGCCAACAGGAAAAUCUGUAUAUUGCGGGUGCCACCGACCCAGAGGGAGAUUACCAGCUUGAUGUUGAUGUCUCCGGACUGAUCUUCUCUCACCACCCACUCUUCAGUCGUGAACAUGUUCUGGGGGCCCGUUUGGUGCAGCUAUAUGAUCAGCAUCUCACCAGGCAGAAAAAUAACCUCACAGGUCAUCUUACCGAUAAAUUGAAUGGGCUGCGGUGUGCUCUGAGGAACAUGCUUGAGGUUCAUCAUGGACAGAGCCUCACUCAGGGCAUGCAGCAAAGAAUAUCCGAAUAUAGUCAGGAGGUUCGGAACACCCGCCAGCUCCGGGACUGUGAGCAGGAAAAAGACCGUAUUCUAUUGAAGAACCUAGUUAAGGUAUGGAAGGAGCUGAAGGCCCUGAGGGAGUUUCAGAAGUUCACCAAUACACCUUAUAAGCUCUACCUAAGAAGAGAAAACGUUGAUCAAUUGUUGGACGAACGUGAGUAUGAAGGUGAAAUCCUGGCAGAAAUCGUAGAAAUGGAGGCUGAGACAGAUGAGGAAUACCAGAGGAAGUUGUCUGAGUAUAACGUUCAAUUUGAGGAGUGGAAGAUCUGGAAAAGAAAGCAGCGAGGCAAAAAGAAGAAAAAAAAGAAGAAGAAAGGGCAACCACAUGACACAGAAGAAGAUGAAGACCAGGAAGCGAGUGAAUCCGAGGGGGUUGUUGGUGAAGGCCCCUCAAAGCCAGAGCCACCAGUGAGGCCGGACUUUGAUUCUCUAGAACAGCAGGUCCGUGAGAAAGCCUCUCGAAUACGCAGGAAACCUGGAGAACCUAUACUGAUCCCAGAGCUGUCUGCUUCUGGAAACAUCUCUGCCAGUGACGUCUGCCCCCGAGCGGAAAUUGCUCGAAGAGAGGAUGUUUUAAGACGCUCACUUUUUAUCAAGAUUCUGUACAACGACAAAGAAGUGUCCAGAACUGUCAGUCGACCCCUAAAUUCAGAUUUUAGGGUACACUUUGGUCAAAUUUUCAAUCUUAAAAUUGUUAACUGUCCCAGAAGCAUCAAUUUGCAGGUAUUUGAGGAGUCUGGCUCUUACUGCUCCCUCCUCGCUCAAGUCUAUGUACCAGUACCGGAGUCUUCUGUGGUUGCCGGAAGUGCCCCCAUUGAAGAAUUCGAGUUCAGCAGCCACCAGAGAGUCAUGUUUGACCACGAGGGAGUGGGAAGUGAUGUGCCGCUGUCUUUUGAGGCAGAUGGCAGUAAUAAACAGAUCCUAUUCACUUCUGGCAAAGUAUCAUCCUCUGUGUCCUGGGCAGUAGGAGAGGAAGGUGUUCCACUUGCUCCUCCCAUGUCUCAGCACCCCAGUGCUAUGCACAGCGGUUUAGGACAUCUUGAUGCCGUGUCAUAUAUUGGGGCCUCUGGCCUGUAUGACAUGAAGAAAAUCAGUGAGUGGGCCACGCAGUCAAGACUGGACCCCAAUGAUCCAAAAAAUGCCUCUAUCAUGCAGCUCUUGAAAGUCGCAACAAGUGGACAAGUCACAGCUCCCGAAUAUUUCCGCCUGGAGCAGCUUCAGGAAGAGUUUAACUUUGUGACUGAUGAAGAUUUGGAGAUGUCCAAAAGGUUUCGUCUGCUUACCUUGAGGAACCAAGAAGUGGCCGAGUUUCGGAAUUACAAGUGUGUUCCUGCAGUGGAACGAGAAGUCACUGAUAAAGUGUUCCAUGAGUAUGAGAAGAGGCUGAAAGAAGGAGAGACUAUUGACACCAAAGAGCAUCUGGAUUCCCACAGAGCUUUGAUCGCUAAAUAUCUUCAGAAGAUUCGAGAGUCUGUAAUAAACAGGUUCCUUCUAGCCAAGCAUCACUACCUUCUGUCUGACCUGGUAAUAGAGGAAGAGAUUCCAAGCAUUGGUGGUGCAGGUACUGGCCUUCUCGGGCUGAAUCUUUUCAAGCUGGCUGAACCCAAGCGACCCUUGAAACCUCUGAGGAAGGAAAGAAAAAAGGUCACCGCUCAGAAUCUCUCUGACGGUGACAUUAAACUGCUGAUCAACAUUCUCCGAGGCUACGAUAUCCCCAUCCGCCGACCCCCGAGCAUGAAGCCAGGACAGCAGACGCAGAGUGUCAUGCAGGACAGUGACUGGCUGUUCAGCCAGGUACAAGUGAGGCCAUUUGUGGAGGUUUCCUUUCAGCGCACAACGCUACAAACAACCACUGCUGAUGGCCCAAACCCUUGCUGGAACGAGGAGCUGCAAAUGCCCUUCAGUGCUCCAAAUGGAGACUACAGCACUGUCAGCUUGCAGUCCAUCAAGGAUGAUGUUUACGUCAACAUUUUUGAUGAGGUGGUUUAUGAGACUGGAGUGCGAGAAAAAGAUCGUGGAAAAGCUCUACACACCCGACUGGAGAAGCACUGGCUGGGCUCAGUGAAAAUUCCCUUCAGCACCAUCUACUCUCAGUCCAGGAUCGAUGGGACGUUCAAGGUGAACACCCCCGCCGUGCUGCUGGGCUACAGCAAGGAGCGCAGCUACGGCAAUAACGGGUUUGAACCGUUACGAAGCCUGGUGGAGGGAACGUUCAUCACUCUGUUCAUCACCAUUGAGCCUCAGCUUGUUCCUGGCGAGUCCAUUAGAGAGAAGUUCGACAGCCAAGAGGACGAGCGUUUACUGCAAGCGUCUGAGAGGUUCGAGAGAGAAGCAUCCCAGCGCUUCCCUGACCGGCCUUGUAUCACCACUGUCAUCGACCUCAACGGAAAAACUGUUUUCAUCACACGCUAUGUCCGGCCGCUCAACCCUCCUCAGGAGCUCUUGGACGCCUUCCCCAACAGUCCUGCUGACACCACAGCUCUGGUCGCCAGAUACGUCUCCCUCAUCCCGUCUCUGCCUGACAGGGUUUCAUUUUCAGGCGCCUGUGAUCUCUGGAGCACCUGUGAUCAAUUCCUCACGCUUCUGGCUGGAGAUGAAGAGGAACACGCAGUGCUCUUGUGUAAUUAUUUCCUUUCCAUGGGCAAAAGGGCGUGGCUCAUUAUUGGCACUGCCAUACCAGAGGGACCUACCGCCUAUGUUUUGACCUACGAGCAAAGCCGAUAUUUGAUAUGGAACCCCAGCAGUGGCCAGUUUUACGGCCAGUACGACACCUUUUGUCCAUUACAAACCGUCGGCUGUCUGGUCAACGCUGACAAUGUUUGGUUUAAUAUUCAACAAUACACUUUACCCAUGAGGAUCAGCUUUGACACCUCAAAAGCUAACUUCUGGAAACCAUUCUUCUCCCGAUCGUUCUCCCACCCUGGCUUGUCCAGUGUUCAGCCAGAGGAACUGACGUAUCGACGCACAGACAAAGCUGCUGCAGCGGAACUUCAGGACAGGAUUGAAAAAAUCUUGAAGGAGAAGAUCAUGGAGUGGCGUCCUCGUCACCCGACCCGCUGGAACCGUUACUGCACCACCACCCUCAAACAGUUCCUCCCAAAACUCGAGCUCACCAGUGGGCGGAACGUGGCCGAGGACCACCGCCAUGAGUUGCAAAACCUUCUGGGAGACAACAAGAUUUCUGGAUUCCCACUCCACCUUCCGUUCUCUGAAGUCCAGCCCAUUAUAGAGGCCGUGUACAGUACAGGGGUUCACAGUGUCCAAGCCUCCAAUGUCGAGUUCGCCUUAGCUGUCUAUGUCCACCCCUACCCAAAUAACGUGUUGUCAGUGUGGGUGUACUUGGCCUCGCUGGUACGUAUGUAACUCAAAAGCCUUCACAAAUUCAAGUUCUGGUUUCUUAGAAAAAAAAUGAACGACUGCCAGAACCACCUUUUGAUGCAAAUAUUUCUGCAGCCUGUAAAUGUCAAUUCUGAAUAUCAAAACACUUUUGUUUAUAAGUAAAUAUGUGUAGUAAGUGUAUACAAACUGUGGGCCACUUUAAUGAGUCACAAAGAACUUUUUUUUACACAGCUUUUCAUAGCAAGUUUCUUGAUGUUCAAUGUCUUUUGUGCUGAUGCUUUAUAAAAACAAUUCAAAAAAC